UUUAUUCUUUUUUUCGUUUCUCCAUUUCAUAUUCAUGAUUGAGACAACAAUGACACACAUGGAGCACAGGUUUAAAGUUGAAUUGAACGGCUAUUUGGAAUCCGAGUCGAAAUACCCAAAUAGUUACACCCCAGAAAAUUUUUGGGUUGCCUUUGAUCAGACAAUAACCUAUCUCAACCAAACGGAAGAAUCCCUGGAGGCGUUACAUAAUAUUGUCUUUCAUGCCCAUAUAAAGCGAGAAGAUUAUGAAACGGAUUUUGACGUCCCAAGGUUUGGAAAUGGCGUAACUGAAAGUCAUUACCUGGCUAUUGUGCAUCGAUACCAACUAUACGGAUACACUAAAAGAGAACUUUGGAAGUGUGAUGCUGAGUCUGCAAUCAAAAUCCUAUUCGAGUUGUACGGGGAAAGAACACAACAAGUACCCGAACUUAUCAAGUUAUUUAUUCCUUUAUCGUUAGACUUGGAAGAUAGAGAGUUUCAUGCAAAGAUGGAUGCAUGGCUUGCUAUGAUAUCAUCCUACCCAGCACCAGAUAGUCUGUUUACUGAAUUAAUACAGGAGUAUUACGAUUGCAUCAUGAUCGCAUUCGAGAAUUAUGAUCAGCAGCCAAGUAACGGUGUAGAAAUUCGGUUGCGAAGAUUAUUUGACAGUUUAUUUAAACUGAUCAGGGUUGGUGGAUUAUUGUGUAACAAGGAGGCAGUUUAUGCAGUUGUAGAACUGGCAAAGGAAAAAUAUUUUUACCUGGAUAGUACCGAGAUAUUAAAUGAUUUCCCUCUUCAUUUCGAACACGAGGAAUUUCGUCUAUCAUCUUGUGAGAUUCAAAAGAAAAUGGUUUCAUAUAAGCCAACUGGGAUGCAAAAAACAUUGAGAGAAUAUUUAGAUCUAUCUGAAAAAGAUCAGGAGGAUAAUGACCAUGAGCAUAUAUUUAGAGUGAUGGAAGAGUAUAUCUGUCUUGGGGGUUUACCAAAUCAGCGAGACAAAGCUCAUCCCAUACCGAGUGAUGAAGACAGUGCUUUUGAUAGACUUGAGCAAGUGAUUAAACAAAAAUAUGAAGAGCGUACAAUGUGCGGGGUAAAACUAAAGUGCAUAUAUAUAAUACGUACCCGAGGCAUGUUUUGGAAGUCUAUUUUGAAAUUAGUUACUCAAUUCUUAGACUUAUGGAUAAGCGAAUUAGAAGAUGCUGAUUUUAUAAAUGGGUUUGCAAGAUUGAUAGUACAAGAAAAUUUGAUGCCUUUCUUAUACCAACAUAUAAAGAAACAUGUGAGGCAUUAUAAUUUAACGGAUAAUGCUACGUCAAUGGAAAUGAUCAAAGAUCUUACUCUGUUGAUGGAAACUUGUCUUAAUUAUGUGUCGACAAACCAUGAAUUAUUGCUUUUCAGAGAUCAUGUAUUUGAAUCUAGAAAUGAAAACGAUGAUAUCCGAUUACCUACUCUUGGUUCAACCUCGUUUUGGAAUAUUCCGUUCGAUCAGGAAAUUGUUAGGGUUACAAAUCAAAUUACCUCCUUUGAAUUGGAUGCGUCGGUUCCAGAAGAGAUCACAAAAAGAUUGAUUAUAUUAUCUAUCAUAUGGCCUUAUGAAGUGGUGCGACAAUUAUUUUUAUCGUGUGUUCAAAACAAAAAUCAAUCUAUGGCAACUAUUCCUGUCUUGUAUAAUUUGGGAAAUCUAUGUGCUUUUAGAAAGAAAGACGACAAGAAAGAGACAUUACUAGUAUUAGUAUUAACUGAUACUAUAUCCCUAAAUAACAGCGAAUUAGUUGGUACUUACAUGGAAAAUAUCUCACAAUUCAUAAAAUCCUGUUGUUAUCAUAAGGUAAAGCAAAUUCUCUAACUUAAAUUAAACUAAUUGGUUUUCUUUUGCAGACCUUAGCUCAAGAUUACCCACUCAUUUUAACACCGUCAUCAUGCGAAUAUCAAACCUUACUAUCCUUGGGAGAUGUCUUGGAUCACUGCGUCC